UCUUCGCCACCCAACGUCUCGUGACGGCAGAUCGGAUAAGAGGAACGCAUUAUCAAGCUUGACAAGCGGCGCGAGUAAUUCAAGGGCCGGCAGAAUGCGGUGCUUGGCCCUCUGCGUUCUGCUGCUGGCGAUCAGCGAGCCGCUUCUUACUUACGCAAAGGUAGUGGUAAUCAUGCCCCGCCAGGUCAGACGGAGUCCAGCAAUACCGUGGAAACCUCCAGGUCAUUACAAAAAAUCAUCUUACGGUGGAAACGACUUUCAUCGUCAUUAUCGUCGCGUUAAUCGCUACUAUACUAAAAAACCGAUCCGGCCACCGUACGGAGGUGAUGACUUCGAUGGUGGAAUUGAAGCUGUGAAUCACAUCAAUGUACCGUAUGGCAAAGAUGUCAGUCAUGCCGUUUCCUUUGGCAAGGGAUACAUUCCGUACGAUAACAUCAAGAAUACGCCGUUCGUACAUGAAAGAUACGCCGGUGCUUACGGGCGUCAACCGGCCAUUCCGGACUACCCGCCUACCAGUUUCACAUCGGUAGGUCAAGAAUACGCGACAUCGGCGACGGCGCAAUCGUUCGAUCCGCAGGUAGACUCAUACUUUUCGGACAUGGAGAAUGCUGCCAAAGGCGAGCUGCGCGGCAGUUUAAAAGAUAGCAUAAACAAGUACUACGGUACCCGCUCGAUCGAGAAGGAUCUCACUCAAAGAAAUCAGCAGGCCUUCAGCAGCAUCCUAGAGAAGACCAAGGAUGCCAUAGGGAAGGGCACCGAGGGCCUGCCCGCGGACGCAUCUUCCGCCGCGUACGCUCGCGCCAUUUCCGCUGCCACCUCAUCAGCUACCAACCCCGCCGUCGUCACCGGCGUGCAGGGGGCUGUGAUAGUGCCGGACGGUAUACCGUCGGCAACUAUCGCCGGUAACAAGGACGGCAUCGUGCUGCGGGACACCGUGUCUCUAGACGAGUAUCAGAAGAAACUGGAGGAGCUCACUAAGGCCUGGCCGAGCGUGUUAUCCGCCGGUACCAGUUACGCGACGCCUCAGCAGUUGCACGCUGGCUUUCCGACCACCGGUCUGCAAGGUGCCGGCUUUGGCGGUGCGACCGGCGGUGUUCAUUGGCUUCCUAACUUUGCACAGUCCAAGCAGAGCUAUGCCGUGCGCGAGGACCACGGGGACACAACGAGCUAUGACUUUAGAACGAUGAGCGUACAAGGUGCCCCAUAUCAACAAUCAUCUUUCAGUUACGGGGGUGUGCCAGUUAGCACGGGGUUCAUCCCGAGCGCUCAUGGGUAGAACAUAGAACAUAAUAUACACUGAAGCGUUAAUGCCGUCCGAUUUGCGCGCGCAUUUAGCAGUUAAACUUGUCUAUUUAUAUUUUUUUUAUUUACGUAUAAUUAAUAAUACAGCGCCACUAUUUUACUUUAAGAAGGAACUAAAAGAGUCACAGUCAACCUCAUGUUGUGAAAUCUCUUCAUGAACGCGAGCAUACCGGACGUCAUUGAUGAUAUACGCCGAAUUAUACGCUUGAUCGGAUUUUCAAAAUAAUAUGUGAUUUUGAUAAAUUUAAUUUUCACAGACACGGCAAAAUGUAAUGAAUGUUCAUGAUGCCACGAAUGUACAAAUAUGUGGGGGUCAUUUUCAAAUGCCUUUCUUGAGGCGUUGAAAUCUCAGUUUAAUGAAAUUACAUAUCGACUCCAUGGAGUCUGAAUUAUUCAUACAUGCGCAAAUAUUACGCAAUGUGUGCGGUAAAAUAUUUACGUAAAUACGUUGCGUGAUGUUAAAACCUUGAUAUAAUAUUUUUAAUUAAAAUCUUUAGGAUCUUUUGGUUUCUACAUCUUGAUGAUUAGAACACUGUCGUCCACUCUCUCAUGUGAACAUUUUUGUUUUUCAUUUACACAAUGAAAGUUUAUUGGGAUAUAUUAUACGGAGUUAAUCAUAUGGAUUGAUAAAGAAUGAAAAAUAGUAUUGUAGAAUUGUUUAACAUUUCUAAAUUUUCAUUUUUCAGGAGAAAAAGAGAGAGAGAGAGAGAGAGAGAGAAGAAGGAAAAAGAGAAAGAGAGAGAAAAAGACAGAAGAACAGAUUGUUUUUCAUUUAUCAUUAUUUAUAUAACAAGGGAACACAAUCAAGUCCUCUAAGUUAAAAUAUAGA